AUGGCAAACAAAGUAGAACAUUUCAUUUAUUUAAAAUCAGAUUACACCAGAUUAUUCAAUUUUACAUUUAUUUGUUCAUUUAAAAAUAAUUCAAUAUAACAAUUUUCUAAUCUGGGAAAAUUUUAUUUCUACUUGACCUAAAGUGGAUUUAAACGUUAGUAAAUAGCUGAAUACAUAAUCAAUUUUAAUGAAAAUAGUCUUUUUGAAGAAAAUUAAGUAGGGAUCAUGAAUUAUCUAAAUAAAGAAGACAGUGUCAAAUUUGAGAGAUUAAUGUAAUUUGCUAAAGCAAAACCUAAGCCUGAUGAACCUUCAUCACUAAUGCCCAGUGUAUAAUUUGAGAGAUUAAUGCAUUUUGCUAAAGCAGAGCCUAAGCCUGAUGCACCUUCAUCACCAAUUUAAAGAAGGGAGAAUGGGGGUCUUUUUUAUAGAGAGUUUACAGUAAUUAAUUAAUAGUCAAGUGUCAAAUUUGAGAGAUUAAUGCAACUUGCUAAAGCAAAACCUAAGCCUGAUGCACCUAUUAUACCAAUUUAAUUGUCACUUUUAAAUAUUGAAGAAAAAAUAUAUCGUUAAAUUGUUAAUUAGAAGGAAAAAUGA